CCCGCUCGCGCCUCUAGCGGAAGCCGGAAGCGACGUGGGCCCUGCUACCCCCGUGGUUUGGAACUCGGUGGUCUUGGAGGUUCGCAGGAUUGGGGAGAAGAUGGCGGAAGAGGAGUUCCCCAACACAACUCAUGAGAGUUUCAAUGUCACCCUCCACACCACCCUGGGCAUCACCACAAAACUGGUGCUCCCAACCCCUGCCAAGCCCAUCCUCCCGGUGCAGACAGGGGAGCAGGCUCAGCAGGAGGAGCAGUCCAGUGGCAUGACCAUUUUCUUCACCCUGCUUGUCCUAGCUAUCUGCAUCAUAUUGGUGCAUUUACUCAUCCGAUACAGACUGCAUUUCUUGCCAGAGAGUGUUGCUGUUGUUUCUCUUGGGAUUCUCAUGGGAGCAGUUAUAAAAAUUAUAGAAUUUAAAAAACUGGCAAAUUGGAAGGAAGAAGAAAUGUUUCGUCCGAAUAUGUUUUUCCUGCUCUUGCUUCCACCUAUUAUCUUUGAGUCGGGAUAUUCUUUACACAAGGGCAACUUCUUUCAGAACAUUGGCUCCAUCACCUUGUUUGCUGUAUUUGGUACGGCGAUCUCUGCUUUUGUAGUAGGUGGAGGAAUUUAUUUUCUGGGCCAGGCUGAUGUAAUCUCUAAACUCAACAUGACAGACAGUUUUGCCUUUGGGUCCCUAAUAUCUGCUGUCGACCCAGUUGCCACUAUCGCCAUUUUCAAUGCUCUGCACGUGGACCCCGUGCUCAACAUGCUGGUCUUCGGAGAAAGUAUUCUCAACGAUGCAGUCUCCAUUGUCCUGACCAACACAGCUGAAGGUUUAACAAGAAAAAAUACGUCAGAUGUCAGUGGGUGGCAAACAUUUUUACAAGCCCUUGGCUACUUCCUCAAAAUGUUCUUUGGCUCCGCAGCACUCGGCACUCUGACUGGCUUAAUUUCUGCUUUAGUGCUGAAGCACAUCGACCUGAGGAAGACACCGUCCUUGGAGUUCGGCAUGAUGAUCAUUUUUGCCUACCUGCCAUAUGGGCUCGCAGAAGGAAUCUCACUGUCAGGCAUCAUGGCCAUCCUGUUCUCAGGCAUCGUGAUGUCGCACUACACACACCACAACCUCUCCCCAGUCACCCAGAUACUCAUGCAGCAAACCCUCCGGACUGUGGCCUUCUUGUGUGAAACAUGUGUGUUUGCAUUUCUUGGCCUGUCCAUUUUUAGUUUUCCUCACAAGUUUGAAAUUUCCUUUGUCAUCUGGUGCAUAGUGCUUGUGCUGUUUGGCCGAGCGGUCAACAUUUUCCCUCUUUCCUACCUCCUGAAUUUCUUCCGGGAUCAUAAGAUCACACCGAAGAUGAUGUUCAUCAUGUGGUUCAGUGGCCUGCGGGGCGCCAUCCCUUACGCCCUGAGCCUGCACCUGGACCUGGAGCCCAUGGAGAAGCGGCAGCUCAUCGGCACCACCACCAUCGUCAUCGUGCUCUUCACCAUCCUGCUGCUGGGCGGCAGCACCAUGCCCCUCAUCCGCCUCAUGGACAUCGAGGAUGCCAAGGCCCGGCGCAGGAGCAAGAAGGACGUGAACCUCAGCAAGACAGAGAAGAUGGGCAACACCAUUGAGUCGGAGCACUUGUCGGAGCUCACCGAGGAGGAGUACGAAGCCCACUACAUCCGGCGGCAGGACCUCAAGGGCUUCCUGUGGCUGGACGCCAAGUACCUGAACCCCUUCUUCACACGGAGACUCACGCAGGAGGACCUGCACCACGGGCGCAUCCAGAUGAAGAGCCUGACCAACAAGUGGUACGAGGAGGUGCGCCAGGGCCCGUCGGGCUCCGAGGACGACGAGCAGGAGCUGUUCUGACCAAGGGGCAGGUGCUGGGAUGCGGGUGCCCCCGACGCCCAGGGCACCACAGGGCUGCAGGCCUAGUGCCAGCUGCUGUGGAAAUGUGCAUCGCCCUCCUCCCUGCCAACCUCUGUGCUGCUGUUGCUUCCCUGCUCUGGGGGUGCCUGCUGGAGGAGGAGGCUACAGGGGAGUCCUCAGGGAGCCCUGGAGAGGGCUGUGUCAACUGAGGUGUGAUGUUCCCGGCCACGCUGUCACUGUGACCUGAGGAGCAGCUGCCAUCUGCUUGAGUCACCAGGUGCCUCUCUGGUCACCGCAGCAGUUGUGAGCCUCGUGACUCCCAUGCCCCGUCCUUGGGGCAGAAACUGACCGUUUCCCUUUACCUCUCAGGGCCCACCCAGCCCAGCUCCUGCGGGCAGCUGCGCCCUGGCUUCCUGGGGUGUUUACACUGGUGGGCAUCAAGCCUCAGGGGCCCGGCUCUGCCAGGCUGGAAGCCUCACCCCUGCAGAUGGGGACAGCAGGCUUUGGGCCUUCUUUGGGUCUGGAAAGCGACAAAUACGUGGUGUGUAGGGCGGCCAGCGCUGCCUGGACAGCUCCAGUGUGCACUGGCACAGGUGCUGGAGGCUGGUGGCUGCUCCCCGUCAGUCCCUUCCUCCGUGACUCCCAGCUCCACCCUUACCCAGGUGCCACCUUCCCUGCUCUUUGCACUUACCUCCUCUUCCCUUCCCCAGUUGCCUACCAUCUUGGGUCCCAGCACCCCUGUGAACCCUGAGAAAAGGUCUCCCCGGCCCCACCCUCAGGGAGCCUCGGUGCUGCGCUCCCGUGCGCAUGCGCACUCCUACCCACGCGCGCACCCUGGCUCACCUGGCCUUACCAUACCUGUUUGAUCUUGUCAGCUGUUGACAGCUUCCUCACAGGGCUCUGGGUGGGGACUCAAGGCCCCUGUGCACCUGAGAAGCCCAGGGUUGGUCGCUGGGGCGGCAGAAGCACGACCUCUGACCCACGGGCCUUCCCGCCCGCCCCUCACCUUUCAGGAAGUUAUCAGGAGGGCUGGAGAGCUGAACGCGGGCGUUGUCUUGCUGUAUCUCUCACCUGAAUCCCGUAGUUUAAGCUGGUCUUGCCUUGCAUGAUUUUGGCCUCCAGCACUUUCUUUCCUGGAUAAAGAAAGCCAGGGGAAGAGGACUUUUGCCUGCACCUGAGUGCAGCCAGACUAAGCGUACUGUGCUGUGAGCCCAGCUCAGAAUAAUUUAUUUUCUCUCUUGAAACUUGGGAUCUGAUCUCAGGAGCUACAGGUUGCUUUGCAAGCUCAAUAGCUUGCCAAAGUUUCUUCAUUUUUUCUUUUAAGUGUUAAGUUCAAUCUGGGCACCGUGGUGCCACUCCUGUAAUUCCAGUUCUGUGGGAGGCUUAACCAGGAGGAUCACAAGUUCAAAACCAGCCUGGCUACCUUAAGAAUUUAGCAAGAACUUGGGGAAAAAAAUGUUUUUAAAAAGGCUAGGGAUAUAGCGUAGUGCAAAGACGCUGUUCAACCCUUAGUACUUUUUUAUUUUUUAUUUUUUGGUGCCAGGGAUUGAACUCAUGACCGUGUUUGCCAGCCAGGCUCUUCUGCCACUAAGCUAAAUCCCUGGCCCAGUCCUCACUACUUUAAAAAAAAAAAAAGUUCCUGGUUUAAGCCACGAAGAGUUUGGAUCUCAGUUCAGACCAUCCGGGAUCAGCAGGUCUGAUGCCGCAGCCACACCACGCCUGCCGCCCACCUUUUGGCUGAGAACGAAAGCAGCGCUGGGCCGACGCGGGGAACUUUGCUCUGGGGACCCGCGCCAGCCUGGCUCUCCCGUGAGCCCCAUCUGCCCUCUGCUGGCCAAGUGGGCAUCCUGCAACCACGUGAGGGUGACCUCGCCUCAUCUUGUAGAAGUCAAAAGCCCUGGAGGUGGAUUGUUUUCAGGUCCGUGGCUUCCGUCUCCGGUGAAUGCACUCCAGAACACAGGCCGCCCGCCCUGUGGGGUGGUUGGGUUGGGGCCUGGAAACCCAGGCACUCUGCUCCACCUGGCACGCCGCCAGGACAUUAAAUUCCACCUGGGUCCUGGACCGCAGAGCCCCAGGCAGUGUUUUAGGUGAAAACUCCAGCAUGGUGGGUAGUGUACACUUGUAACGCCAUCACUGCAGAGCACAGAGUCAGGGGGAUCGCUGUGAGUUCCAGGCCAGGUCGGACUGCAUAGUGAGUUCAAGGUCAGCCUGAACAGUGUAGCAAGACACCCUAUCUCAAAAGAAAAAAGGAAAAAAACUUCAGGCUGAAGCACAGGCUCUUGAGAGUAAGGAGCCAGCCUCCCACCCCCUUUUCAUCUGCUGCUGCUUGUCAAUCAUGCUGUGGGCUGUUCUGGGCUGGAGAGCAGGGAGGACUGCUGCAGACCCCUGUGCUUCUGCACCCCCACACCGCAUGGCCCCCUGGAGGAGCCAGGGCCCUUCCUUGCCCGGUGCAUCCUUGCCCUUGGUUCUCCACAGGAGAAGCAGGGCCGAGGCUGGCCCAGGACUAGGCGGGAAGAUGCAGCGGACCCCACAGGUGGCGCAGGAAGGGACCCUAGGUGUCCCCAGUUGCGACCUCCCGGGGUUCUCCAGCUUAUAUUCUCUACUUCCUGCGGGGUUCCAUCUUUAGGACCUUUGGGAGCCCCUGCUUGUGUCGCUGGGCAUUAGGCAUUCGAAAUUGGUGGAAGUCAUGUCACUGGAUAAUUUAUUUAGGAAUAAAAAUGCUGUGAAUCCGA